AUGAGGAACGACAUCAUCAGUGACCUUCGCCCCCAAAUUGGUGCAGCGAUGAGUCUUUUUGCCUCAGGAACUGGAUUAAUCCUCGAGGCACAUCAUCCUAGCAUCAGCAUUGCAGUUCAAACACACUCAGAGUUUUAUAGUCGGCCGUUGACCCGUCUUCUGAAAACAUUUUUAUUUGCUGAGAUGAUGUUCAAUGGAACGUCCGAGGAAAGGGAACAAACGGCAAGUUGGCUUGCCUGGACGCAUCGUAAUAUCCAUGGGCGCAUCACGAGCAAGGCAAGGGAGGAACUGAGAUUGCCUGAAGAUUUUAAAUCGUAUGGAUACACUGAUGACUUGAAGGCUUGGGUCAUGCAUUUAUUGCCUUCCAAAUGCGCUACGGCCAACCGGACUGAUGAGGACUUUCAGACUUUCCAAACGCGCGAAAUUCUUGAAAACACUUGUGUGGCACUGCGUCUCGGUGUUCCUGAUCACCUAUUGGAAUCAUUCAUGGCCAUGUUUAACCGUCAACUCGACUUGCUCGACCACGGACACUCCGCUUCUCAGAAACUUGUUGAAGAGAUAGAGAAUGCAGCCACAACAUCCAAUAUAUACUAUUUAGGCUUGGACUCGCCUCUGGAAUAUCACACAGCGGGUCCUUCCGUCGCUACUCUGCCAUUCCUCAACACCCUUCAACACUUACCCGUCGCCAUUGUACUCGACACCACUCAUCCAUCGCUACUCCGCAUGCCAACACCACAACGUCUGUGCGUGCAGAACACCGUCGCCAUGUCUGGGAUCGCGCCUCUCCUCACCGCCUCAUCAACACCCUAUCUGGCCCUCCAACUUCUCUUUCCAGGUCAAAGCGCCUGUGCGCUAUUGAUGGAUUAG